GUGUUUUUAUUUAUAAUUUUUAUGUUGGAAAAAUAUUGAAUUUUAUUUAACGGUUUCUCCUUGAGAAUGCACAGAAAUGGAUAACUGUAUCGGCUAGAGAGCAAAGAAGGUAGUUUAGAAGAAAGGAUUUUAAGAAUGGGAGAUUCAUAUCAGCAUCUUACACAAGAUCCUGAUGAAAGCUUUGAUCAUCCAAUGGAUUAUCCUGAUGAUGACUCUCUGAUUGAUGCUAGUACAAAUGGUUUCAACUAUCGUGAAUACAGAAGACCCGCAGAUUCAUUCAAAGGCAAGGUCCAACAGAAGUACUGGAAGAGUAAACAGACAAUGAUUGAAAAACUCGGUAAACAACAGGAUGAGUUUGUUGUUGCUGGUGAUUCAGAAGUUGAUGCUCGACUUGAAGCAUUCAAGCACAUUCAAAAAACUUGCAUUGAUCUCUUGAGGGCUGUUGAGGUGUAUCAAAAAAAGAUAUUUGCUUUGUCGCGAGAGGAGAACGAAUGCGGUCGAUUUCUUCGAGAGAAAGGUUCAGUUGAUAAAACAAAGGCAGGAAAAAUGAUGAUCAGUGUAGGAAAAUCGCUCAGUUAUACAGCGCAACAAAGGUUGACCCUUCGUCUCCCCUUGGUCCGUUUGUUCCAAGAGGUUGACACGUUUCGUGUUCGGGCCAUUGGUGAUACAAUGCAAACGGUGAAUCGAAUGGAAAGAUUAAGAAGUGAAUAUCGAGCUGCGUUACUGUGGAUGGCAGACAUCUCGAAGGAGCUUGAUCCAGAAGCUUACAGGAAGCUUGAUAAAUACAGAGAGGUGCAAUCAGAGGUUAAAGUGACGAAGAAAAAAUUCGAGAAAUGCAAAGUUGAUGUUAUCCAGAAAGUGGAUUUACUCUCAGCCAGCCGUUGUAAUCUCUUGUCAGCAACUCUCGUUGCCUAUCAACAAAGUCUUUUGAAGUUCUGGGAGAAUACGUCAAACUCUUUGACGAAUGUCUACGAGCAGUUCCGAGGUCAUCCUUAUCAGUUUCAAAUGCUAAAGCACAUCAUCCCGGAUGACUCGUACACCCGCGAGAAUGAUAUUGAUGAAGAGGAUGAAAAGGGAUUAGAUGAGAUCAAGGAGGAACACAUUGAAGAGGUGGCCCACGUGGAGGAGAGAAAUAAAGAUGAAUCGGCUGACAAGGCUGAAGAAGAAGGUGCUGAUGUCCUGGUAACUAAUGAUGAUGAUGAUGAUACUUUAAUCUCAUUGGAUAAUCUACCGGAUCACAGACCUCCAUUAGCAGGAGGCAAUGAAGAACUUUUGGGGAAUCCACAGAGUGGUAAGGAAGAAUCGUCUACUGUUUUAUUGGGCCCAAGUUCUGCUUCUGUAAUACAAGGUAUUGAUGAUCUUCUGAAUUUGUCCAUUGAUACACCUGUGAAUAAUGUUGGUGUUAAUAUGUCCGAGUUUUUCAUCAAUAAUACUGCUCCAUCAUUGAACAGUACAGAGGCUACAAAUGGUACCUUCAAAGGCGACCUGUUGUCUGGUAACGAUUUGCUUUCUUCAGAGAAUAAUUAUCCUACGACAGAUGAUUUAUUAUUUGGUAACCUAUCGCAGCCACAACAGGCAGAUAACAUAGGAGAUGGAAGCAGUUUUAGCGAGACAUGGAAUAAAAUGUUUGGCAACGACCAGAAGUCGGAAAGUCAGUUUCCAAAGGGCGAGAAAGUCGAAUCGUCACCUACAAGCUACAUGCCUUCUGACUUAAUUGACCGUCUUGCUGAUUUGGACCCAUACUCCCAACCAUCCAUUACUGGCAAUCCUGCACCCGCUUUGCAGGCAACAGCAGUGCUGACCCCCACCAUGCAGAAUGAUGAUUUACUUGGCGCCAGUCCCGUGGCGCCAUCUGCGCAGCAAACUGCACAAGGAGAACACAAACCCAAACCAAAAUCUUCCAAUGGAAAUUUAACAUCGUGGUUAAACCUGUUCUCAGAUUUAGAUCCUCUCUCCAAUCCCGAUGCCAUUGGUAAGGAAAAUCAAGAGAUAGACGCCAAGAGAUCGUGCUAAACCUGAAUAAACGAUAUCUUUGCAUAUUUCAAAGCAAAUUUUCCCGAAGAUUUUUCACUCGCGUUUUGCAAUGAAAUUUUAUUGGUGCGUUUCGUGGUUGAUGAAAUGAUCAGUGUACUAGAUAUGUCAGUUUAGUUUCAUCAUUAAAACAUUGGGUGACUAUCAGCUGUCUACCAGCUAUUCUUAGUUUUCGGUUUGUAAUUCAUAUACUAUACAAAAGGCUUUUGGUUCUUCGCGAAUAUGAUUCUGAAUUCUUAAUCUGCGAUGACCUGAUCGACUCGAGUUGGAUGUGAAUUUUAAUCCAAUAUAGUUUUGCUAAAUGCUCUAAAUAGUUCAUACAUUAUUUAUGUAUUAUUAUAAUAAUAACUUUAUGCAUAAGACCGGAUAUCGUUCAACUUUGAUGCUUCAUUUAUCCUUAAUUAUAGUUGGGGUGUUGCAUCAUCUCAUAAGUUGCAAGAAGAUUUGAAAAAUUAAAUGAAUAUUAUUUGAUUGUGUCAGAGCAAUUGCUUAUUUUUGAA